GACAGGUGGGUCCAUCUGACAGGUAGGCUCUUUCUACUCCCGAUCCAUCCGCAGCGGGCGGCGGCCGCCUCCUCGGCUCCUCCCCCGCGGCCGAGCUCGCUCCUCGCCCCGCCGCCUCAACUCGUCUCGCCCGCGACCGAUUUCCUCCCUCCGCUCGCCGCGCCGCAACCCGGAGAUAAGGCCGCGCUCGAUCGAGAACCACCUGGGGUCCAGCGUCAUCGCGACCAGCUCCGGCGAGGCGUCCGCCCUUUGCAGCCCGGUGUCUCUGCGACCGGCACACAGCUCCAGAGUUUAUAGGGUGUCUUGGACUGAAGAAGAUAUCAGCAAAGCUUGAAAAGGACUGAGAGAUGUCAUUGGGCUAUGCUGAGAAGCUGUCCUACCGGGAGGAUGUGGGUACUGUGGGAAUGCCUGAGAUCUUUGAGACCCCUGAGCUAGUCCAGAAUAAGAUAGAAGAGCUUGCUGCCAUGGUGCAAAAGAGUAAGCAUUUAGUGGUGUUUACCGGGGCAGGGAUAUCAACUUCAUCAGGCAUACCUGAUUUUCGAGGGCCCAUGGGUGUCUGGACCUUGCAGCGUGCAGGAAAAGGUAUUCCUAAUGCAUCACUUCCCUUCCAUCAUGCUGUUCCAAGCUUGACACAUAUGGCACUAGUCGAACUUGAAAGAGCAGGAUUUCUAAAGUUUGUCAUAAGCCAGAAUGUUGACAGCCUACAUCUCCGUUCUGGUUUCCCAAGGGAGAAGUUGGCUGAAUUACAUGGCAAUUCUUUCAAGGAGAUCUGCCCAUGCUGUAAAACUGAGUACCUUCGUGAUUUUGAGAUUGAGACAAUUGGACUGAAGGAUACUCCAAGACGUUGUUCUGAUAAGAAUUGUGGAGCUAGAUUAAAGGAUACAGUUCUUGACUGGGAUGAUGCUUUACCCCCUGAGGAGAUGAAUUUGGCCACGGAGCAUUGUCGAUCAGCUGAUCUUGUUCUAUGUCUAGGAACUAGUUUGCAGAUUACUCCUGCAUGUAAUAUGCCUCUGAUGUCAAUCAAGAAUGGGGGGAGGGUGGCCAUUGUAAAUCUUCAGGCAACUCCAAAGGAUAAAAAGGCAAGCCUUGUCAUCCAUGGACUUGUUGAUAAGGUCAUUGCUGGAGUCAUGAGCAAGUUGAGUCUGCGAAUUCCUCCAUACAUACGUACUGACUUUGUUCAGCUCACUCUCAGGCACUCACUGAAAAAGAAAUGUGUUAGAUGGACUCUUCGAGUAACAAGUAUUCAUGGCCUCCGAGCACCAUUGCCAUUUCUUCAGUCUGUCAAGGUUUCCUUUCCAGAAAGACCUGAUCUGAAGUCUGUAGUGCUUAAAGAGCAACCAUUCUCUUUGCAGAGGGAAACAUCGAUGAACAAACCAUUUUUCAUGCUGUUGACAUUAAAUUUCAGUGAUGGUUGCAGCUGUUUGAGCUCCUCAAUUGGAUGGCCUGUUGAUUUUCAGAAGCGAAAAGACAGCUUCGUCAGAGAUAGAGCUCUAGUCCUACGGGAGUUGUACUCUGCUGCACAGCGCGAGUCUUGCAUUGGGCAACAAGAAAUUCUGGAAAGAGAGAACCUACCAAGAGCUGAGACGUCUAUUCAUGGAAUCGUGACAAACAUCGUUAGGUAUGACACUGAAGAUGAAAAGUUGGCUCCACCCAAGAAUGAUUUGAUGAAUCACAGCCGCAGCAACCCUGCAAAACGGCACGUGGAAGGCACUGAUUGCCACUCGUCAUUGCCAAAGAAACUGAAGUACUUUUUGAAAGACAAGAAGCUGAACUGCUAAAAGUGUAAAACCGUAGAAGGUAGAUAGAGAAUGCUGUAGGUUUGUUUAUUUUGGUUAUUAGACGAGUUAUACGUAGCAUAGAUGCAUGGGAAGUUCGCAUGCUAAGGUUGAACUCUUCUGCUGCAUAGGAAAGUUGGCUGACUUCUUAUAUUAUGCGAGCCUAGCUUAGGUACCUCCUGUGGGGAGAAGCGAUUGCAAUACAUGGUAGCAUGUUGUAGAGCUCCUCACCCCAGUUAGUCAGUGACUGAUGAUGGUAUCCUCUUACCAGUCCUCUGGUGGUAUCAUCUUUUGUUCACGGAGGUCGAUGAAGUACUGCCUCCGAUAAAAAAAAGACGCUUUUGACAUUAUUGCUCCCCAAA